AGAGAUAGAGAAGCACAAUCGCUGAAGGUGUGUGCAGGACAAACACUGACAGGCUGAGACAUCGAGAGUGAGAAAGAGGGAGCUUGCAGCACCUGAGAGGCGGCAGCUUCAUUAGUAUCAGGAGGACAGUCGUCACAGGCAGCCACACCAGGACUUGUGUAGAUAAACUGUUGUCAUCCACCGCUUGUGGAGCAGCACGGGGAGGCUACAGCGGAGGAGGAGAACGAGGCUGGAGCCAAAGCUUGAAUGAGAGGAUAAGAAGCAUCGCUGCCACCUGACUCAUACUGGGAGUCAGCCUCAGCACCUGCAGCGGCACUCUGAGCACUCCAGCUAUCAAGGAGACUGGGGGAGACUGGGGGAAGAGAGCUGCUGAGAUUAUGCGCGGGGCAGAGAGCUCCUGUGGAUUCCCAGUCUUCGGCAACGACAGCAGCAGCAGGACGAGCAGGAGCUGUGGCUCUACAGAUAGUAGCAGAGCUAGCUGGAGCUGCAGCAAAACAAGGAGCCCUAACUCCAAAGCUAUUUACUUAUCCAGAGAUGAAGGUAGCAUUUACAGCCAUGGUGUAACAGGAACCAGCUGUCAAUGUUGCCACAGUGCUGAAUGUACCUGUAGCCAGAGCAGUAACGGUCUCUGCAGCGCUGGUGCAAAGGUGACCACAGCAGUGCAGUUAGGUGUAGUUGUAGCAGUAGCAGGGGGGGCAGUGGCUCAGGACACUGAAUGACCAGUGUGGCUGAUGAAGGCCACCUGGAUCCGCUUGCUGAAACGAGCCAAGGGAGGUCGCGUCAAGAGCUCUGAUGCCUGUGGUUCGGCCGACUCCUACACCAGCCGUCCAUCAGACUCCGAUGUGUCCCUCGAGGAGGAUAAGGAGGCAGUGCGCAGAGAGGCAGAGCGACAGGCUCAGGCACAGCUCGACAAGGCCAAGACCAAACCAGUUGCAUUUGCUGUUCGCACAAAUGUCAACUACAGCCCGAGUCACGAUGAUGAUGUCCCUGUGCCAGGCAUGGCCAUCUCCUUUGAGGCUAAAGACUUCCUCCAUGUCAAAGAGAAAUUCAACAACGACUGGUGGAUAGGACGCCUGGUGAAGGAAGGCUGUGAAAUUGGUUUCAUCCCGAGUCCAGUGAAGAUUGAAAACACUCGUAUCCUCCAAGAGCAGAGAGCCAAACAGGGCAAGUUCCAUUCCAGUAAACUGGGAGCUAACUCAUCCUCUAGUUUAGGUGAAGUGGUACCUAACUCACGGAAAUCUACUCCUCCUUCGUCUGCCAUUGACAUAGAUGCCACAGACUUAGACCCCGAGGACAAUGAGCUUCCAGUCAACCUGCGCUCCCCUAAAGCCAGUCCAAACACUGUCAUGUCACCCCUAGCAAAAGAGAAACGAAUGCCCUUCUUUAAGAAGACGGAACACAUUCCUCCGUACGACGUUGUGCCUUCCAUGCGACCUGUGGUUCUGGUUGGACCAUCGCUGAAGGGCUACGAGGUGACAGACAUGAUGCAAAAAGCACUGUUUGACUUUUUGAAACACAGAUUCGAGGGAAGAAUAUCAAUCACACGCGUCACGGCGGACAUCUCUCUGGCCAAACGCUCAGUCCUGAACAAUCCCAGCAAGCAUGCCAUCAUCGAACGCUCCAAUACACGCUCAAACUUGGCUGAAGUCCAGAGUGAGAUUGAGCGGAUUUUCGAACUGGCCCGGACGUUACAGCUGGUAGUUCUGGACGCCGACACCAUCAACCAUCCGUCACAGCUGGGGAAGACGUCCCUCGCCCCCAUCAUUGUCUACGUCAAGAUCACCUCGCCCAAGGUGCUGCAGAGGCUCAUCAAGUCCAGAGGCAAGUCUCAGGCCAAACACCUCAAUGUCCAGAUGGUGGCUGCUGACAAGCUGGCUCAGUGCCCUCCUGAAAUGUUUGACAUCAUCCUAGAUGAGAACCAGCUGGAGGAUGCAUGUGAGCAUAUGGCUGAUUACCUGGAGGCCUACUGGAAAAGCACUCACCCCACGAGCUGCAACCCCCCCAACCCACUGCUAACAAAGCUGCCCACAGCCACCCUGCCCUCCAGCCCAGCCCCAGUCUCCGGCGUGCAGGGCAGCAGUGCAGAGCAGAAAGGAGAUAAAGCAUUAGUGGAGAGAAAGGGCUCCAGAGAGGAGCACCAUCAUCACCAUCACCACCACCACCACCACCAGAGCCAGGACCAGGCUGAUGCAGAGGCUGAGGGGGAGGGCAAUGAGGAGGAGAGGCCUCUGAGGACAGAGACCUCCAGGAGAGCCCAGCACAUCCACCACCGUUCAUCUUUCACCAGGACUGAGCACCACAACCACCAUCACCACCACCACAGCAGUCGAGCGCGGGGCCUCUCCCGGCAGGAGACUUUGGACUCGGAGACCCCCGAGAGCCGAGAGAGCAGAGAGAGCCGAGAGAGCAAGGACUCGGCUUAUAUCGAGCCACGCACUCAGCUCCUCCACCAGGAAGAGGAGGAGGAGGAGGAGGAGGAGGAGGAGGAAGAGGAUGAGGAGGACGAGGAUCUAGGGGAGGGGCACCCCCAGCAGCAACAGCGUUAUGAGCCACUGCCCCACCGGGACCACAACCACCAUCACCACCACCACCAUCACCGCGGUGGGGCGGAGGAGGCCGGCCACAGCACGGGACACCACCGCUCAAAGGAGCGCGAACAGGACCAUAACGAACGGAACAAGCAGCGCUCUCACCACCACCGGCCGGCACGUGACCACCACCAUCACCACUACGACCGGGACAGAGACAGGGACCGAGAGGGGGAGGUGGCUCCCAAAAAGAGGGGUGAGGCAGGGGAAUGGGCCAGAGACUCCUACAUCCACCAGUGACAGACCAAAUCCCUGAAGCUCAUUUGGACUUUCCUCUUAAAGACCAUUCUGUUCUCCCAUUGUGCUGCUAUACCCUGAAUCCACAGCAUCCUAUUUAUGUACACUUCCGUUGUAAAUGCUGUUGCAUCUUUUUCAAUGGCAGGAUUUUGAUUACAUAGAUACAAAUAUAAAUAUAUAAAUAUAUGUAUGUGUGUAUCUAUGCAUAGACGUUGUUUAUGUGUGGAUAUGCAUGAAUAUUCUUAAAUAUGCAUAUUUUAAACCUGUGUUUGAUAAAGCAUGACACAAAAGCAGAUUUUUUUUUCUGUACUGAGCUGUGCUUUCUGUGAUUAGCAUUUUUAUUUUUUAUUAUUAUGAAAUUUUUUUGCUUGCUACCACUUGAAAAAUUAGUUCCUUCAGACUACUGCUAGGGUUGACUGCGACGGUUGACUAACCAAGUUAGUUUGAUGCUGUAUUUGCAGGUCUUUUGUUUAAAAGAAUAGUUUGGCAAUUUGGGAAAUUCCGUAUUUGCUGUCUUGCUGAGAGUUACACUCAGUUGCCAGUUUAUUCGGUACACCGUGCUAAAACUAAAGCAGUCUAAUACAACAGUCCUGUCAUAUAUAUCCUAGCUUCAUGAAGGUUAUAAUGUUCAUUUUUUGCUGAAACUGUUUUAGAAAACUUUAUGAUCAUUUUGGAGGCUGUAGUUGCUGUUAAUAGUUAUACUGGGAGGUUUCAGCGAAAACUGAACAUUGUAACCUUCGUUUACUGUAUUAGAGAGCUUUAGGUUUAGUUGCUAGGUGUACUUAAUAAACUGGCAACAGAAUUGUAAACAUGAAGCUACAGCUAGCAGCCGGUUAGCUUAGCUUAGACUGCAAACAGCGGGGCUUAACUUUAGCUAACUUAAGCUAACCGGCAGCUUACGCUAGCUGCAGCUUCUUAUUUAACAGACCGAUACGAAAGUGGUAUCGAUGUUCUCAUCUAACUCUCGGCAAGAAAGCGAAUAAGCGUGUUUCCCAAAGUGUCAGACUACUCCCUUAUUUUUAUGUUCAUCAUUUAUUGCUUAGUUUCUUUUUUUAAAUUCUGCAUCCAUGGUUUUAGACAUUUGGUUUUAUGCCUCCUUCGAGGUGCACCUUAGUCUUGCCUUACAAGACAAACGACUUCUACAAUAACUUCCUCUCUUAUAUGCAGUACUGUUCUUUGUAUGGGUCUAGAAACAUUUUAUAACAUUGAUACACCCUUUAUUCUGCACUUUCACUGAUUCACAUUGGUUUCAAGUGAAAGCGAUUUGAUAUAACAUUUCAACUUAUUGUAGGUCUACUACCAAAAACUCCAUUGAGGUUCAUCUUUUAUUAAGUCUGACCCCUUUUCUAAUGAAUGUUGUUUAAAUUCCCACUUUAACUUCCACUUGAUAAUAUAACGAAUGUUCGUUUUAGGAGAUCUUCUUCAGUAUGUUCCUCACUGAAAAUUAAAACAUUUCAACUCAAACAAUUUAAAAUGUUUACAAGACAAAGGUAGUUAUGUUGUCUGUCUUUUGACAUUUGUUAACUCCCCUGACUAGGGUCUAUUUAAUGCAGAGUGAUGGUGUUUGAUGGUGUAAGAGCCUCCAACACCUGCCCCCUUUGUUUAAUGACGUGCAAAAGUUGGAUCAACUCAUAUUUUCACAGAUAUCAUGUAUUAAUUCAUGAUACUGAAGAUCUGAAUUGAGCCCCUCUGUUUACAAAACCACUAAACCCUGUCCCUUCAUUUUCUUUGUUUUUGCCUGACAAUUGUAAUUAUAAAAACUACUCCAUUUCUAUGCUACAUUGGUAGCAUUACAGAUUUUCUAACAGUGUACAUGUGUAUGUACAUAAUGCAUAAAUAUAAAGAAUAAAAUUGGCAACAAAGGACUGACGAGGGGGGAUAAGAA